CAUCUUUUUGCGCCGGACGUUGACUGUUCCAAAGUUGCAGCCAUAAUCGUAUUGCGCCUGUUUAAUUUAUAUACUUUUUUUUCUGCGUAGAGCCCGAUUUAAGUGUAUAUAUUUGAUCAUAACUGUUUUGUCCAGAAAUGAGUGACGAUUUGGAUGCUAUUCCCGAAAGGGAGGUGAAGGACUUUCAAUUCAAGCAAAUGAAGAAAAUCCGUAUAUUUGAUACUCCGGAUGAGAUGCCCAAGGACAGGUGCAGUCUUCUUGCAGUUUCUAACAAGUAUGGGCUGACAUUUGCAGGAGGAUCCAAUGAGCUGAAAGUUUUUCUGACAAGCAAUAUCAUUGCUGUCAACCAGAAGGGAGGAGAUCCCAAUGAAAUAGUCGUUGAAUUGAACUGCAUAAGUGUUCCAGUAAAGACAACCUUGCACCACAUUGCUUUGAGCUCAGAUGAACUGACACUCUCUGUUUGUACAACAAGCAGUGAAGCUGGGACUGUUUUAUUUUUCUAUGAUGUGCGAGUUUUCUUGAACAAGGCCAAAUUACAGAAGAGCUAUUUUGCGUCAUUUAAUCCAGUUGCCGAUAGCAAUGUCGUUGUUCAGGACUUAAAGUGGAAUCCUGCUCACCCCUCAAUGUUGGCAGCCUGCCUUUCUGAUGGAAGUCUCUUCGUGUUAGACGUCACAGACAAUGUGAAAAUGCAGGCUCAACUGCCUCCUCCUACUGGCAUUACAUCAGUGUGUUGGAGCCCUAAAGGAAAACAAGUUGCAGCAGGGAAAAAGGAUGGGACUCUUGUGCAGUACUCACCUGCUUUACAAGAGAAGAAGGUUAUUCCCUGUCCAAAUUUCUAUACUUCUGACAACCCAGUUAAAGUACUGGAUGUUCUGUGGCUUAGCACCUAUGUGUUUGCUGUGGCAUAUGCAGCAGCAGCUGAUGAUACCCUGGAGACACCUCCUGAGCUUGUAGUCAUUUCUUUGCCUAAGAAAGAAGAGCAAAGAGCAGAAAAGUUUCUGAAUUUUAGUGAUUUAUUUUUCAGUUCUUGUAAUGAAAGGCAGCAUCAUUUUUAUUUGAAUUCUGUGGAUGACUGGGACUUUGUUCUGGCAGCAUCAGCAGCCUCCAUUGAAGUUAGUAUUAUUGCAAAACAGGAAGACAAGACAAACUGGGAGUUGUGGCUUUUGGGAGAUGCUAGCCGAGCAGAACUUCCUGUCACAGAAAGCAAUGAAGAUACUUUACCCAUGGGAGUUGCUGUAGACCAUACCAGCCAGGUGCCAAUUCCAAUAAGUGAAGAGAAGACUCUGCCUCCAGCUCCAAUACUGAUGUUACUGUCCACAGAUGGAGUUCUUUGUCCUUUCUAUCUAAUUAACCAGAUACCUGGAGCAAAAUCGUUCAUUUCGGCUCCAGGGAUAUUGGAUUUAGAAGGUGAACGAGAGCUACAAGCAGCAGCCUCUUCAGUACCACUUCCUAAAGUGAAUGCUACUCCGGCUCCAAAGCUUCCAGUGUCCACUUUUUCUAUGCCAUCCAUUGCACUGGCCCCACCAAGUUUUGCAAGCCCAUCUGUUCCAGGAGAGACUAAGGUGUUGCCCACAGGUUUCUCAUUCUCUGCUACAGCUGUCGGCGCCACUCCUUUCGCUCUAUCUCCAGCAGUGCCCAAACCAGCAGUGUCAAGUACAAAUGUGGAUACAUCCUUAUUGACUCUCUCCAGCGCCAAAAUCUUGGCAGGACCUACUACAGGGCUUUCACUUUCUUUUGGCAACUCUAAACCUUUGGGAGAAAACUUUGUUACACCACCAAGCAUGUCCUCUCCAGUCACUGCGUUUAAAGCUAAUUCUGAAGUGUCCACACCGGCACCUAAAGUAAAUCUAAAUGACAGGUUAUCCACAGACAAGUUUCCUUUAACCUCUACACCAAAUCCUUCAUUUGGAAGUCUUAUUAACCAGAGUUUAGCGCCUCCUACAUCAACACUAAAUAGAAGUAGUGCAACCUUGGGAUCUUCCUAUCCUGCACCUCCUGUAUCGGGUCAGAAGCCAAGCGCUUCUAUAGCACCCUCCAGCAAAAGCAGCAUCAACUCAUUUAAGCCUCCUGCUCCUGAUUUGGAAAAGCAGCUGCAACAAGGAAAAGAUUCAAACCCAAUCAUGGCUAGCAUAAUGGAGGAGAUUGAGCAAUUUAAAAAUGAACUAAAAGAUCUGAAAGAGAGAACAGAGAAAGGAAAUUUCAAAGUUGGCACAUCUGAUGAAAUGAAAGAGCUGAGGAAGAGAGCAGAGGAUCUGCAUGUCUUUAUCUUGGAGAUCAAAGAAACCACAGAGUCCCUGCACGGAGAUAUUGGAACAUUAAAGACUACAAUGUUGGAAGGAUUUGCAAGUGCAGAGGAGGCAAAAGGAAGAAAUGAACGAAAUAAAGACCACAGUUACCAGCAGCUGCUAUACAAAAAACCCCUGGACCCAAGAAGUGAUUCACAACUUAAGAAAAUCCGACAAUUGUACCAAUAUGUAAAGUUUGCAGUGGAGGAUGUGAAUGAUGUACUUGAUUCAGAAUGGGAAAAACAUUUGGAAAAAAAGAAGAAACUAAGGCGUCUCAUUGUUCCUGAGAGAGAAUCUUUAUUCAGCACUUUAGCCAAUCAUCGUGACAUCAUCAACCAAGAGAGGCAAAGACUGUGUAUGGUUAUGGACAGCUUACAAAAACUGAGGCUUUACAACAAAACGUCUCAGUGGAAUAGUUCCAUUGCACCAUUGAAUACUGAGCAAGGUCUUGAUACAGAACUAGAAAGUCUACGUGAGGCUUUGCUGAAAUCAACUUUGGAAACCUCUACUAAACCUCCAUCCAAAACCCCUGAAAAGCUAUCACCAGCUAAGCAGAAUCAACUAAGAAGUUUUCUUUCAAAAAGGCAAACUCCUCCAGUUCGAUCUACUGCGCCAGCAAAUCUUUCAAGGUCAGCAUUUCUCUCACCAAAGUAUUUUGAAGACUUGGAUGACAUCAGCUCCACAUCCUCAGUUUCUCAGUCCAUCGAUCAGGAAGAGCUUGCAUCUCUGGAGGAGGAGAAAGUGCAAGUCACACCGCCUAAGCACCAGGUUGUCUCUCGUACUCCAUCCAUCCAACCUGGUGGUAUAUCUCCCCCUGUCUCUGUGUUUGGAAAAUUACAAGUGGGAGGCAACCCUGCAAUUCUUUCAGCUAAAUCAAUUGGAGCAGGAGGGGACAGCACUGCAUUUGUAUCCAAAACAAUUAAGCAUGGUGCCCCAACCAACGAGAAAAGCCCAGCUGUUACUGUAUCUGCCCAGCAGGCUGCUGCGGCAGCAGCAAUGAGAAGACAAAUGGCCAAUCAGGCAGCAGCUGCCAAUACUUCACUUACAGAGUCAACGCUGAAAAAUGUUCCUCAAGUUGUGAAUGUCAAGGAGCUUAAAGAAAAAGGAUCGUCUUUAAUUAUGCCACCCCUUCAAAGUAUUGCUGCUCAAGGUUCUGCUGCUCCUGACAUUCAACAACUUUCAGCCACAACUACCGCUGUACAGGAUCAGCCUUCUUUUCCCAGUGCAUUGAAAGUUUCAGUGCCAGCCUCAAGUGUCUCCUUAAUGGGUUCUCAGCCUGGAUUUUUGUUUGGAGGAGUCACAAAGCCUGACUCAACGUUUUCUGCCCCUAUUUCUUCGUCCUCGUCAGUUGCUGGACAGAACAAAGUGUUUUCCUUCACUUCAGCUGGAUCCACCGGAGUUUUGAAUUUUGGAACUCUGGGCACUACAUUAGGCCCAACAUCUCAAGGAAAUGGUUCACAAGGAAUGCCCAAGGAAUCCAGCCAAGUCAACAAGUUUACUUUACCUACCACUUGUGGAAAGCCUGUGUUUGGGCCUGGAUCAGACACCACCUUCACUUUUAGUGUAACCAAAUCUGUCGUCCCUCCAUCUGCCACUUCAGCAUCCAGCACUGCCACUACCUCUGCACUGAUUACAGAUAAAGGCACAUCCCAGUCUUCAAAAGUAUCUUCAGUGCCACUGGUUGUCAAGACUGAGCCUCUGGCCUCCAAAUCUAUUGGUGGCUUACUGCAAACCACACCAGCAGGUGAAACACUUGGAAGCUUUUCUGGCUUGCGAGUUGGACAGGCUGAUGAUGAAGCCAAAGCAACCCCAAAGGUCCCAAGCACUGGUUUUUCCUUUCCUCAGCUAGAUAAAGGUGUUGCCACCACCAUUCCUCCAUCGGAGUGUAAAUUUGAAAGUGUUCUGCAGGUUCUAAAAUCCACUGAUUCAGGCUCACCCGAAACAGUCCAUUCUUCAGGUGACACACUUCCACCCAAAACAAGUGUAAGUGCAUUCAGUGGAAUCCAGCCAAUAACCUCUGGAGUAACAACUGGAAUCUUUAAAGUAACAGAUCCUUCUUCGCAAAUAACAACAUUUGGCUUUGAGCAGGCUAGCAGCACUGUGUCCUCAGGAGUUCCUCCAACAACAAGUUCUGCACCUACCAUAAUUUCUUUUAGUAAUAUCAUCAAUGCAGUGUCCACCUCUCCUUCUGUUGGUUUAACUGAUACUAAACCAUCAGUAACAAUAACUAAGCCUUCCAGCUCUGUUGAACCAGCAUCUACCCCUGCCAUUGAGAAAACAGUAUCAUCUGUUCCACAAAACAAGGACAGUGCUAUUUCUCUUCCUGCUAUACCUGUGACAUUUGCAGUAGUGUCAACCUCUUCCACUGCUUCAGAAAAGCCAGAUAUUUUGCCCACUGAAAUAACAUCAGCAGCUCUCAGCACACCAACAGUUUCCAGCGUCCCUCAAGUAACAAGUAUUACAACAGUCACUACAGCUGUGGUUGCAGAAGUCACAAGUACAAGCACUACAUCUCAAAGUGAACAACCCAUUGCAUUUUCCUCAGGAACAGUGCAACAACAGCCCCCUUCCUUAUUUGGGCAACCUGUUGGUGGGGAGCAACCUGGUUUAGUCUUUGCAACCCAUUCCACUGCCAGCCCAAACCAAAGUCAAGUGCCCGUCCCUCCUUUGGCUGCAUCUGCUACAAUUUCAAGUACUACUGCCUCUGCCUUCACCACCACUACCACCACAACUACCACCAGCAGCACCGACACCACUACUGCUACCACAUCCUCCGCAGUUUCAGCGUUUGGCCUUUCCAGCACAACCACAUCAUCAGGACUUGGCUCUGCCUUUGGGACAUCAGCCUUUAGUACUGGCACAGGAUUUGGAAAGCCUACUUUUGGGCAAACCACAGCAUUUGGCCAGCCAGCCACCAGCACCAGCAACAGUAGUAGUAGUUUUGGUUUUGGACAGCCUACCUUUGGAUCUAAUCAAGUGUUUGGACAGCCAGCUGCUUCCACCUCUGGCAGCACCAGUAGUCUUUUUGGAUCAUUAAGCACAAGUAGUAGUGGCAACAAUUUUCCUUUCGGGAUACCUGCUACUAGCAGUGGAGGCAGUGGUCUGUUUGGCCAAAACAGCCUUUCUUUUAAUAAAAAUUCAGCAUUUGGGCAGAACACUACUUUCUUUGGAAAUAACACCACCACAACAUCCUCUUCCAAUUUUGGGUUCGGUCAGACUUCAGGUUUUGGCAAUUCUUCUGGCAGUUCAGUUUUUGGUCAGCCUUCCACUGGGAGCACCAUCUUUGGGCAGCAAACAGCCUCCGCUGGAGGUGGCUUCUUCAGUGGCUUGGGUGGAAAACCUAGUGAAGAUGCAGCUAACAAGAACCCAUUUGGGUCAACAUCAACCAGUGGGUUUGGUCAGUCAAACCAGACAGGAGCCACCAGCCUGUUUGGAAAUAGUGGUGCAAAGAGCUUUGGAUUUGGAACUGCCUCUUUUGGAGAACAGAAGACAACUGGCAGUUUUUCCACUGGAGCAGGGAGUGUGGCUUCCCAAGGAUUUGGCUCUUAUUCUAGCCCUUCAAAGACAGGUGGCUUUGGUGCUGCUCCGGUGUUUGGCAGCCCUCCUGCCUUCGGGGGUUCUCCAUCCUUUGGAGGGGCGCCAGCAUUCGGUUCAGCCCCAGGCUUUAAUAGCCCUCUGGGCUCGACGGCAGGCAAAGUGUUCGGUGAAGGAACAGCAGCUUCUAGUGCAGGAGGAUUCGGGGCAGAGAUGCAGGAAACCCACGUAAAAAGUAAAGAUUCGUUUUGGAUGAAGAACUCUGGCUUUGCAUCAGCCUCUAGUGCCCCAUCUUUUGGCAGCCUUGCCAACCAGACUCCUCCUACAUUUGGAAAUUUAGCACAACCGAGUGCUGGAUUUGGAGGUCAGAACUCUGGAUUUGGUGCAUUUGGAGCUCCUCCUGCAGCAUUUGGCAACAGUGGCUUUGGAGCUUCUAAUCAACAACCGACAUUUGGCUCCUGGAGAAGCUAAUGUUCAAAGACACCAUAUUUGUGUGAGAUGUCAUUUUGAUUAUACCAAUAUAAUGAAAUAUUGAUAGCUUUUUUUGACUGCUACAAAUGAAUUAUAAUUUGGGAGUGCUGAAUGAUGCCUAAUAAAGAGUGAUUAAUUAUGAAAGUUGACAGAAUCUUUUGCUGUUGAUUAUGUACAUAGACAAAAGACGUUUGCAGUUUCCUGUCCGGUUGAUUGAGAAUUGGCCACCUUACCCCCAAAAAUCGUGAAUGGGUUUAACAAGCAACCUGCCACAUUGCUUCUGUCAAAGGCAAGUCUUAAUCUGGACCACCUAAUGGAUGCUAUCUGUUGUGAAAUAAACUUACAUGGAGCCUGUCCACGUGUUCAGAUCUUCAAAGAAGUUUGAGAAAAAUCCAUGCAGAUUCUCCUAAGUGAUGAGUGUACAUUGCACUGGAGGAUAUAUUCAUAAACCGAUAUUAAAAACGGAGAAAACACUUCCUUCCUCGGGGGAUAUUUUACCACAAGCCAUCCGCUGUUAAGCAACAAAAGGAUGAAAUUCUCUGACAAAUUAGCUGCUAGCUGAGUCUGCAAGCCAGAUGGAUUGAAUGGUGAUGCCUGUCAUUUGUAAAUGUCCUCAUCUUCUGCUCCAUGCCUUGUCUAGAACGCUUUGUUUUUCUACAGGGAAAACUGUCUACUUUGCUCGCUCAUUAAAGUGAUUACUCUGAAAACUAGUGUUCCCUCUGAGAGAGCAACAGAAAACCAUGGAGAAUUAAGAGGCCCGAGAAAAACAGAGCAGCGAACACCAGAGUGGUGUGCUCAGGAUACAAAGUGUGCUCCAGCUCGAUAACGCCAAUGCGAGUGCAUCAGUAGCAAAGGGAUCACUGCCUUCGAGGACAUGAGCCCAGGUGGAUUCAGCCGUUUGGAAAUAAAUAAAGUGAACAUUGGCUACAGGAAAGGUGAUAAAGCCCUGUCGCUGUUUCAGCAUUUCUCAGAACAAACAUUAUUGGGAUUUACAGCUUCUCCUCUUCAUCCCUGCAAAUACAUGAUCAGCUGAGAUGGACUGGCACUUCAUCCAGGCCUGGUCUGUGACCCCCACCAUUACUCAAUAAAGUAGGUUGAGAACGUUUUAUAAACUUACUUGUUAAUUAUAAUAUUAGAAUUAGAAUUUGACAUGUAAAGAGGGCCAAUCACAGUCAACAAGUUAAGAUGGCGGCGGGGUGCUUCGUAGUGUUUUCCAUUGGCCCGUACAGAGCCUUGAUAAUAGCCAUAGUGGCUUACAGAUCUUUACUAUUAGAGUACGCUUAUUUCCAUAUUUUUACCAUGUGAGUGCCGGCUGAUGAAGUAACCAGUGCAGGGUUUCAAAGGAAGGCAGCUGUGGGAUUUGAACUGGCAACCUUGUGCUUUAGUGCUUCCCUGCCUGGCAGAGUUAAUACUCAAAUCUCAGUGGUGCACUUGUUGCCCUUCUUUUGCAGUUCAAGCUCUGUGUAUUCAAGUGAGUCAUUUAGAGUCGCACAAUACCGGAGGCUGGACUGGUAGAUAUUGUGGCACAGUAUGAAGGAAGGCUGCCAGUUCAGUUCCAGUUUCUGACCCGUUGUGUGAUCCUCAGUGCUUAACAUAAAUUGACAGCAACAACUGUUAAAGGAUGUGUAAAGAGUUACGCUAAGUGCCUUGUGAUGGUGUUUGCUGUAGAAGAGUGAUAUGUGUACAGUAAUGCCUUAUUAGACCAUUCAUUUUAAGUAUUAUCCAAAGAAAGUUUAGAGAUAUAGUGGAGGACAGUUAUUAACAAAACAAAUUAAUUUCCUUACUUACGUUCAAUAAAAAAGGUGAUGAUUAGGAGUGCUCUGUCAACUAAGUGAGGGACACAGAGGGCAAGAACAAACAUGGAGAAAUGCUGAGGCUUGCCUUGAUCAUGAUUGUGAUGGAAAGUGUAUGACCCGGUACAUUCUGGUAAUUCAAAAAAUGUGAGGUAGUGGCAAACUGACCUGCACUUGUGCUGUUCUUACGUGAUGUGAUAGGCAAAUAAAGUGACAUUGCAGAAAGAAAAAGAAGACCUUUGACAUAUGCUGAGCAUCAAGCAAAUGGCAGAGACUGAUGACAUAACAAAGAACACAAUAAUAAUAAGAAGAAGAGGAGCAGCCGCACCUGCUGAACAUCAAGUGCAAGAUAUACAGAAUGCAAGAGUGACAGAGAUGGAGAACUGGGGGUCCACGUGUAACUACUGGGACUCGAAUAAUGACAGUCAAAAGCAGGAUAAUACAGAAUACUGGAGCUAGAACCUUAAUCUUGGUUUUAAUGGAAAGCUUAUGGUGCGAUUCAUUCUGGCAAUUAAAAAAUAAAAACUCACCUGCAUUUGUGGGUUUCUUAUGGCGCCAUGAUGGGCAAAAAAAGUGAAAUGGCAGAAAAAAUAAGAGAGACCAGUGACAUCUGCUCAGCAUCAAGCCAAUGGCAGAUGCCUAUGACAUGAUGAAGGACACUGCAAUAGGAAGAAGCUGAACAGUGUCAUCUGCUGAGUAUCAAGCUGUUGCGAGACCAACAAAGACGGAGAAAUGUGUGUGGCUGGAGGUCUGUGUGUUUCAGUCGUAUAUAUCUAGUGUGUGUAGAACUGUUUAUAUCCAUCUUAAUAAAAGGAUAACUGUC